CGCCCUAUUACAUGUAUUUUUGGUAAAUUAUGCAGUUUUAUUCAUAAAUUGUCUUUGGUUUGAUCUCCCAGGUCUUUGGACGGGAUGUAGUGUGUCAAAAUUCCUCGUCUAUCCAGACAGCAAUAGCAACGCCACACGUCAUACCUGCUGCGGAAAGAUUUUGCAUGUAUUAGAAUGGCCCAAGGGAUACCAAAGGACUUACUGAUGAACACAGUCCUCAUUAAUGAAUUGGUGGAAGUGGCUAAAGAUGCAGCACUUGUGCAGGGUGUCCUUAUGAGGGUUAAAGAAUCCCCCAAUUCAUCAGAGUUGGUGACAUAUGCUCCCUUCACCCUCUUCCCCACGCCUGUGCCCAAAGAUGUUUUCCUCCAAGCCAAGGCAGUGCAAACUCACUACAACACGCUGGUGGAUAAGAUCAGCCAGGAUCCUGACUUCUUACAAGAAGCUCUAGCCAGUACCAUUGUUGUGGAUGAUUUCACCGCAAGGCUUUUCAAGGUCCACCAGCAGAUCCUUCAGGAAGGAAGGUCACAGUCGAUCGUGUUGGGUCUGAAUCGAUCUGACUACAUGCUGGACCAGAGGGAGGACGGCUCCACAUCUCUGAAGCAGAUUGAGAUCAAUACAAUCUCUGCCAGUUUUGGAGGCCUUGCCUCACACACGCCUGAUGUGCACCGACACAUCCUGAAGGUGGCUGGACGACUGGAGGAGAGCCAACGCAUCUUAGACAACAAGCCUGCGGUGGGUCUGGCUGAUGGUAUCGCUAAGGCCUGGGAGCUCUAUGGAUCAGAUCGAGCAGUUGUCAUGUUCUUGGUGGAGGCGAUGCAGCGGAACAUCCUGGAUCAACGAUUUAUAGAGAACGAAUUGUGGAAAAGGAAUAUUACCACCAUAAGAAAGCGUUUUGAAGAGGUCUCCAAAUCUGGAAAGCUUGACGACAAUAAGAGAUUGUUUGUUGAUGGUCAGGAGGUUGCAGUGGUGUACUUCAGGAAUGGAUACAUGCCUCAGAACUACACGUCUGAACAGACGUGGGAGGCUCGCCUGAUGAUGGAGCGCUCCUUGGCCGUGAAGUGUCCAGAUAUCAGCACCCACCUAGCUGGAACUAAGAAGGUCCAGCAGGUGCUCGCCAAACCCGGAGUUCUGGAACGGUUCUUCCCUGAUCAGCCCCAAGCGGUGGAGCAACUCAGGGCUACUUUUGCCGGCCUCUACACUCUAGACAUGGGACCAGAGGGUGACAAAACGGUUGAGAUGGCUCUGGCGACACCAGACCGGUUUGUCCUGAAACCUCAGCGAGAAGGAGGAGGGAACAACAUUUAUGGAGAAGAGAUCUGCAAGGUCCUGGGCAGAGUGAAGGACAGUUCCGAGAGGAUGGCCUACAUUCUGAUGGACAAGAUCCAGCCUAGACCUAUACAGAACUACCUGCUGAGAAGAAACACCCCCCUCAAAAUCAGCAACUGUCUCAGUGAAUUGGGCUUCUAUGGAGUCUACGUGAGGCAGGGUCAGGAUAUGGUGAUGAAUGACUGUGUGGGCCAUCUGCUCAGGACCAAGAGUUCAGAACACUCAGAUGGUGGCGUAAACGCAGGGGUGGCUGUGUUGGACAACCCUCUGCUUUUCUGAGAAGGUUCAUCCCUAACAGUCUGGGCUUGAACAACAACAAAACACAGUGACAGUAAUUGUCACUGCACUACCUCAUGCAAAUCCACCUUCAACAAGAUUGCAUUGAAACAUUGUUGUCAAUUUAAGCAACACCACCAUAAGGCUAGUCAUUCCAAAAGUGCAUUUUUUUUUAACUUUCUAAUGCAGAAAACAUAUUUUAAAUGCAAAUUAUGAAACUGUUCUGUCAUUAUAAUAGCAUCAUGAUGUUCAGCAUAAAAAAAUAAACUGGAUGGCUAGGACAGAACUUGAGAAAAGGACAAGUUUUGGGAAAAUAGGACAUUUGGUCACACUAACCUGUAAGUAAUAAAGUAUAUUCCUUCAGUAGCUAAUGUCAGGUUAGGUAUAAUUUCCAACUUAAAAAAUACACAUUCACCAAGUAAUUUUCCAGGAUAUGAAUAGUUUUUUGGGGGUUAAACUAUAUGUGUGUAUAUAUUAUAUCUCUCAAAGGUUAUCCCAAACAGGAUUUUUUUUCUUUUAAACACUCGGGAUGUGUAAAGUACCUCCCUACAUAUACGUAAACACAUUCCAAAAUGCUGUACACCGUGGGGAACUUGGGCAAUUUAAUUUUGAAGUUGGUGGGUUUCAUCAACUUGGUGUAGAGCUGUGACAUCAUACGAGGAGCUGCUGCUUCGUUCUUGUGUUGCCUUGUGACAUAGUUGUCCGUUCUAGCUCGAUGUAAUAAUAAUAUCAUUUGUAUUUGUUCCCAAUCAAUAAUAUUGUUAGUUGACAUACUGCAUUAUAUGCCCAACAGGUCGAUUAUUAGUGUUCAUAACGGUUUACAUUUUACCAACUAUAGUUCCUCCAUUUGAAGUGCCCUCCUCAUACAAAUGCAACAUUCAGGAAGUAUUAACAUUUGCUUUAAAAAAAAGCUUUGUAAGCGAGUUAGGGGUACUUUCUUGAAGGACUAUUUUGGUAAAUGGUCUUUCACUUGCAUAGCGCUUUUCCACCUCCAAGGCACUCAAAGCGCUUUGACACUGCUGGAACAUUUACCAACUGAUGACGCAGCAUCAGGAGCAACUGAGGGUUCAGUAUCUUGCCCAAGCAUACUUAUACUUGGACACGAUCACGGGAGGAUGGCGGAUCAAACCCGCAACGUUCAGUUUGAGAGACGACCGCUCUACCACCUGAGCUGUGAAGCCCCCAUUUUUUGACUAUUUUGUCAAAAAUUGUCAAAUGUAAACAGUUACAGACGAUACAACUGCCAAUUAUAACAUGUUAUUUCAUUUAGCCAUCAUUUUACCAUUCGAAACACAGAAUGACACUGUUUUACAUGCUUUAGGUGUGUUUCGCUUUUCAACAGCGCCUCAACUUGGUUUAGCCUUAGGCGUUGAUGUUAAGGCUUCCAUGGGGUUGGGCUAGCUGUCGGACUUCGUCAGUCAAGCUGAGAGGGGUGUAGUGGCUGGUUUUCCUUGUCAGACGUACCAGUCAUAGAGGGAUAUUUUAUGCUAGGCACAGCUGAAUGCUUCAGUAUUACCUUGUAUCGCAUCUCUCUGGCAACACUGCAAACUUCCUCAAAGCAAUCACAGUUGAAGUGCACCAAACAUAACAACGAGCACUUAUGGCCCGUUUGUUUUUUUGUUCAGCUCUUUGCAGCUUUUUUGUCUUUCGACCACUUAAAAAGACCAACACCGUGAGCCGUGCCCUUACUGCACCCUCCUGCAAAACAAAGUCUUGGCAUUCUCUCCAGAAGCGUCCAAAAAUUUGCUUCAAACUCUUUAGACGUUUACAGGCGAUUACACAGAAAACAGUAUGCCAGGUGUCCUUGCAGGAUGUCUUACUGGGAUGAUGUCACAGCUCAAUGGGCUACAGAGCAUAGGGGCUGUCUUUAAAGUAUAUUAUUUUGAAAAUUAAUUUACUUAAAUCUAUAAAAUGUAUAUGUAUUUUAUACAAAAAUGUGUGCUAUUUCCUCACUUUAUCUGUGUUUAAGAAUUUGGGAUGACCUUUAACUGCCAAGCUAAGUCUGUGGCUUUCGAUCAGUUUAGUUGCAUUAGCUAAUGUUGGGUCAGGUAUUGAUUCCAGCUAAAAGAUACACAAUAAAUAAAAAUGGUAUUUCACUGAAAAAAUGGAAAGUAUAUGAAUAAUUUUGAGAUUUACAAGAUCUAUACAAGUUACAAAAAAAAUAUAUACUCUAAUUACUGAACUUGCUUGAUGGCUUUAGAUCGCACUGGCUAACUUUAGGUUUACCUUCGCUAACUAUACUGUAUAUCCCCAGAAUUAUUAUUAUAUUAUUAUACAGUAUGUUUCUGAAUUGACAUUAUUGAGUUUAACUUUGCAAUAGAUAUUUGUCCUUAUUUCCAUCAAAGAUAGUAAGAACACACAAUGUCGUUAGUGGGGCCUUUCACUGGGUGCAAUAGCUUUUCAACACUACUAGGAAUGAUGUAUCUCCAAGUGAUACUCUUAUGCUAGUGCAUCAUUCAUGAAUUAAGCUUGCAAACUGUGUAAUGACAUCGUCUUUGCUUUAAACGCGUGCCUUAAACUGAAAUUGUAGCAGUGUGAAAACUGCACAAAGUUCUCCAAUCAUUAAAGGAAAGGCUUGUGCCUUUUAGUACACUUUAAAUUGUCUUCUUCAGUUGAAGCAAGAUACCAACAGCUUACUGACUUUCUCCUCUCUAACAAUGUGUUUAAUACUUUCCAAUCAGGCUUUAGGCCCCACCACAGCACUGAGACAGCUCUGAUCAAGGUGAUAAAUUAUAUCCGUCUGAACAUAGAUUCAGGCAAAGUCUCACUUUUACUUCUGCUGGACCUGAGCACUGCCUUUGACAGAGUAGACCAUGUGAUCUUAUUACAGAGGUUAGAAAACUGGCUGGGAAUCUCUGGUACUGUUCUAAACUGAUUCAAGUCCUAUCUGGAAGUACUUUGUUGGAAUUGGUAACUGUGUCUCAGAGCAAAUGGCUAUGACAUGUGGUGUUCCCCAGGGGUCAAUCCUGGAACCCCUAUUGUUCAAUCUGUACAUGCUUUCUUUUGGCCAGCUAAUACGCAGCCGCAGUGUGUCCUACCACAACUAUGCAGACGACACUCAGAUCUACAGUAUGUGUCACUGACCGCCGGUGAACAUGGUCCUGCAGAUUUACUUUGUCACUGUAUCAGACAGAUCAGUGUGUGGCUACAAAACAACUUUCUUCAGCUAAAUUCAGACAAAACUGAAAUCAUUGGCCCACAGAAACAACGAGAAAGUGUUAUCAGUCACCUUGAGACUCUCUCUCUAAAACCUAAUCAUCAGGUUAGAAAUCUCGGGGUAAUAAUGGACUCAGAUUUGAACUUCAACAGCCACAUUAAAUCAAUAACGUCGUCAGCUUUUUACCACCUAAAAAACAUUGCCAAAAUCAAGGGAAUAGUGCCUAAACCAGAUUUAGAGAGACUAAUCCAUGCAGGCUCCAGCAGGCUAGACUACUGUAACGGCCUUCUCACCGGGCUCAUUAAACGAGCUGUAAAACAGCUGCAGUACAUCCAGAAUGCAGCUGCUAGAGUCCUCACUAGAACCAGGAAAUAUGUCUAUAUUAGUCCAGUACUCAGGUCUCUGCACUGGUUUCCUGUCACUCGAGAAUAGACUUUAAAACGUGUGUGUGCAAGUCUCUUCAUGGUCUUGCGCCAAAGUACAUCUUUGACAUGUUAAAGCCACAUAAACCAUCUCGAGCUCUGAGAAGCUCAGGGAGUGGUCUCCUGCGGUUGCCCAGAGUUAAGACUAAACACGGUGGGGCUGCGUUUCAGUUUUAUGCUGCCAAAAUCUGGAGCAAUCUUCCAGAAGAUGUGCGACAAUCCUCAACUUUGGCAAUGUUCAAAUCCAAGCUGAAAACACUUCUAUUCAACUGUGCAUUUUUCACAUCUGAAAGUAUUUUAUCUGCACUCUUCAUUUAAAAUAUUUUUGUGUGUUUUAUGGAAUGAUUUAUGGAAUUUUAUGUAAUGAUUUUAGAAUGAUUUUAUGUUUUUAUGGAAUGAUUUUAUGAAGUGAUUUUACUCUUCUGUAAAGCACUUUGAAUUACCUUGUGUAUGAAUUGUGCUCUAUAAAUAAACUUGCCUUGCCUUGC